AUAAUGGCGUCUUCCUUUCCUGUUUGGCGACAUCGCUCCGGCGUGACGUCAUACAUACGCGACAGUUUCGUAAAGUAGCCCCGCCCAGACUUGGAAACAACUUCCGGUCAACGAAGCUAUGGAUCCCGGCGGGCAGGACAUCAACCUUAACUCUCCCAACAAAGGUUUGCUGUCAGACACCAUGACGGAUGUCCCGGUGGGCCCAGCAGUAACGCGGGUGCCAGCUGAUGCUGCAGGUGUGCUGCCAGACGGUAUUACCGAGGCUGAAGCGGAGGAACUGCGCUGUGAGCUGGUUAAGGUGGAGGAGGAGAUUCUUACCCUGCGCCAGGUUCUGGCCGCCAAGGAACGUCAUGCGGCUGAGCUGAAGAGGAAGCUGGGACAGACUCCUCUAAACCAACUGAAGCUCAAUCUCUCUAAGAGUCUGCAUGACGUCCAGAUGUCUAAUGCUUACGUUAAAACAUCAGAGAAACUUGGAGAGUGGAACGAAAAAAUGACGCAGUCUGAUGUCUACAAGAAGACUCAGGAGACUCUCUCUACUGCCAGUCAGAAAACAACGGCUGCUCUGUCUACAAUGGGCACUGCAAUCACCAGGAAAUUGGGAGACAUGAGGGCUCUCCCUUUCUCUCAGUCUUUUAGUAGCAGUUAUUCAAUCCGCCACUCCAUAAGCAUGCCGGCAAUGAGAAACUCUGCUACCUUUAAAUCCUUUGAAGAACGUGUGGUGAAUUUAAAGCCCAGAGGAUCUACAGACGGAGAAGAAAAUGGGAGCCAGAAUUUGCACUCUCCAGACAAUAAAUCACAAGAUUCUGCCCCAUUCUAGGUCACCUUCAUCAUGUCACCUUCAACUUUGUUUAGCCAUUCUGUCCUGUAGCAACCUCAUCAUCUCAAAGCCCUAAAGAGGCUGCCAGCAAACAAAAUGACACUAACCUUUGCCCCUGAAAUGUGAUUUUGUCUGAAAAUUUGAACAUUCCCCCCCCCCCCCCACGCUUUUUUUUUUUGUCUUUAUAACUGAAUGUCCUAGACAAUUUGCACCUAAAGCAAUGCAACGUUUCAAGAGGCUCUUCCUUCCUAGAGAAAGAGCUUUUGUUACGAAUGGCAUAGAAUUAAACAUUUAUUAUUCUAAUGAAUGUAAUGCUCAGUUUGGGUCCUUUUGAUAUAUAUACUAAAUUGGGUGGAAUUGGCUUUAUGCUAAAUUGGAUUCCCUGGAUACAUGAUCACACUUUGAACAUUUACAGUCUAGAACUGUAUAGUCCUAAGCACAACCUAUUGGUGGUGCCAUUCCAUUUCACCAUAUAAUUGUUGAAUCCCACCGCCUGAUGUUAUAGAGGGUGUGACAGAUCUAGAAAUAUCCCCUCCAAUUUGAUCAGCCUAUUUAUUGGUCUGUAUUUUUUUUAUUUCAUUUGAAGGUCUGUCAUUUGACUUGAGAUGUAAUAGCUGUAGGUGGUGCAGUUGAUCCUGGGAUUUAAUCUCUGGAUCUUUUAUAUGCAGAUAUGUAAGAGGGUGGUUUUCUAUUUGAAAAAGGUUAUUUAAAUCUGUCUUGGUCCAAUCUACACACAAACAGUGUUUCUAUCUCCUUAUCGAUUUGGUAAAUCAUAAGAGCCCAGAAUAAAACCUGCCUCACAGUACAAGACCCUUUUUAAUCAAUCUCUAAACAUAAGACAGUUUAUCCAGGGUAAGAUUUUUUUUCUGCUUUCAGACAAGUAUAAAUCCCUACAAUUUAUGAAUUAUGGUCACGCUCACAUUUUGCCUUCAGAAUCCUGCUCUAAGAUCUAAUUUGAGGUGUAUUGUAAAGCUUGCCACUAGACUUCUCCAAUAGUUAACUACAUAUAGAAUUGUACAGUAGUUUUGAGAAUAUUUCUGUUUUGUAGAGUAAAACACUAUAGGAGAGGGUAGAGAUAAAGUCAAUGUACAGCUCUUCAGCUAUUGCAGGGCUCGUAGUUCUAUUCUAAGUUGGUCUAAAUGCUGCAGUUAUCAAGCAGACUCAGCAGAAGCUUUCUAUUCCGAUUUCUUUUUGUUUCUUAUGGUGUGAUUAAUUUUCUGCUGUGUUUCUGGGGUUCGAGUUUACACUGCUUUCUGCACGUAACUCCUGGACACUCUUGAGAAUGUCUUGUGUCCUUGCAGGAAAAUAGGUAAAUACAGAAUACUUGCAAAUGCUUUCAAAAGGUCUGUCACCUCUUUGAUACUUGAACUACUCAGCUGCAAAAGCCCUCGGCAGCCCGAGUGGAGAAAUGCAAAGAAAAAAAAAAUUAUAUAUAAAAAAAAAUGCAUAUACAGUAUAGAAUUAUAUACCAUGCUAGCAUUGUCUGUGGGUCAUAUUAGCUAUUGCUUGUGAGAUGUACUUGCUGGGCAUAUCCCAUUUUUGUUAAUAAGAAAUAAGAGACAUAUGUAAGUUUUGCCUGCAAACAGCAGAGAUGGGGUCUAUUCACACUGCGUUUGCGAGGUAUACUUUACAAUGUAUAGGCAUACAGUGGUAUACAGAACCUAAAGGCUCCCAUUUAAAAAAACAUUUUUUUACUGCAUAGUUACAAAAAAAUAAAUACAAAUUGUGGGAUACCUCUGCUUUUUUUCCCUCUGCUGGCUGAAUUGCGUCCUACAAAUAAGUUUGAUUUAUACACUAGGAGCUUUUCUGUCACAUAAUGUACCGUAUAUACUCAAGUUUAAGCUGAGUUUUUCAGCACGAUUUUUCGUGCUGAAAACUCCCCCCUCGGCUUAUACUCGAGUGAACUCUCCACCUGUCAAUCCCGGGCCUUCAUAAUCAUCCAGAUUCCCCUUUAGUUUUCUACUCGCCUCCCCUCGGUGGGAAGGAAGGGUGAGCUGGUCCGGACCAUCUAUG